GGCCAAUGACAUCUUUGGACCGACUGUCAUGAUUUUUCUCCUCGCAUCUGAAGAUUAUCUUAUGUUUGGCUCGAUCAUUUAGUAUUAUCUUGAUCUUUUUACCUUUCGUUUGCUGAAGUUUUCAGAUUCGUACACCGUACUUAACUUUCUGUUAGUAUAAUUUGAAAAGUAAACAUGGCUUCUCAAGUACAUGAAUUUUCUGUAGAAAUGACAUGUGAAGGUUGCUCUGGAGCUGUCAACAGAGUCUUAGGAAAAUUGAAAGGAUCUGGAGUUGAAGAUUUUUCUGUAGAUUUAAGCAACAAGAAGGUGUUUAUAACAUCAUCAUUACCAACUGAGCAACUACUUGAUACUUUGAAAAAGACUGGAAAAGAAUGUAAUUACAUUGGCAUAAAAGCAUGAAUUUGCAUUCAAGUUUUAUUGAAGUCACAUUUCCUCGUAUCAAAUAUUGUUUUGUUAUUAACCUGUGUUCAAAACCUUUUAUGUAGAUCUUCCAAAUCAAUUUAAAUCAUGUGUAUAUAAAAAUAUAUAUUUAUAUAUUUGCUAACUACUUUUUUAAAUAAAAAUUAAG